UAUAAAAGCAGCUGCCUGCCAAAGAUCUUCAGACAGCUCAGGGAAGAGUCUGGCACGGUUUACUGUGAGACUCAGUGCACCGUCCUCCUCCCCGCGGCCCCCACCCUGGACCCCCUGCUGGAGCCUCCACCCUUUGGCCUCCAAGCUUCCCAGGGGCUUCCUUUGGACUGGCCUGUCCCUGCUCAUCCAUUCUCCUGCCACCCCCAGACCUUCUCGGCUCCAGGUUGCCACCUCCUCUCGCCAGAGUGAUGAGGUCCCGGCUUCUGCUCUCCGUGGCCCAUCUGCCCACAAUUCGGGAGACCACGGAGGAGAUGCUACUUGGGGGUCCUGGGCAGGAGCCCCCGCCCUCUCCUAGCCUGGAUGACUACGUGAGAUCCAUAUCUCGACUGGCACAGCCCACCUCUGUGCUGAACAAGGCCACGGCCCAGGGCCAACCCAGGCCACCCCACAGGCCAGUCCAGGCCUGCCGGAAGGGCCGCCCUGCUGUGUCCCUGCGGGACAUCACCGCACGUUUCAGUGGCCAGCAGCCCACACUGCCCAUGGCUGAUGCUGUGGACCCCCUGGACCGGCUUUUUGGGGAGUCCCAGGAAAAGCAGCCAAGCUGGAGGGACCUGCCGAGGAGGACUGGCCCCUCUGCUGGCCUCUGGGGUCCGCACAGACAGAUGGACAGCAGCAAGGCCAGGGGGGCCCCCAGAGGGAGGCUCUGUGAAGCCAGGAUGCCUGGGCACUCCCUAGCAAGACCAUCGCGGGAUGGGCAGCAGAACUCUGACCUAAGAAGCUGGACUUUUGGGCAGCCUGCCCAAGCCAUGGCCUCCCCCGGCAGCCCCCGCCCCAGCAGUGUCCUCAGAACUCUCUACUCGCACCUCCCGGUGAUCCAGGAACUCUGACCCCUGCCCAAUAAAGGCUUCUGUAAAGAGC